AAAUGGUACCAGGACUGUUUUGUUUAGUCGGAUUCGGAUGCCGAGGAACUGGACCUCGGUUAGUUGUUGGCUGCUGAGAUAUGAUAAGGAGGGGUGUGGUCUCAUGUGAGACAUGACAAGUUGGAGAACCCACGCAACUGUGCCCGACUCUACCCGCCCACAGCGUUAAGCCUGGACGGUCACUGUUCGCUCUAUUUCGAGAAACUUCCAGCCCACUCCACCACGUCACUUAAAGGAAUCUUUAAAGCGUCCGUCGCCUGUAUAAAAUGUCUCAGUACUCGACACACAGGAGCAACAUGAGCGCAGUGAAGACGCAGUCGCCAAUACUGAUGAUGGCUAACAAUGACAGCGAGCCCCUGCCCCUCGGCUGGGAAGUCAAAAUUGACCCUCACACUGGAUGGCCCUUCUUUGUGGAUCACAACAACCGCACGACAACCUGGAAUGACCCCAGACACGACACAAAAAAGGUGAGAGAAGUGUCUGCAAAUGGCCCCAAUGUACCACCAGAAAUGAGCCCUCAAGAAACACAGAAGGGCUUUGUGAGGAAGAUGCAACACCCUAUACUUCGCCCAGGCUAUGUCCCCAUCCCAGUCUUCCAUGAGGGGGCAGAGCUGAGGCAGCAGCAGCAUCCAUGCUAUUCCUACAUUUAUCCCACCGCUGAACAAAAUAUCCGAAAUGAUGGCCCAAUACCUUCCCCGACCACUGGGCUCCACUGUAGGCCAAGGUCACCUUUACAUGGUCCUUCUGAGAGCUGCUCCACUGACCCUGUGAAAGUUGGUUCUCCAGUUUCACAAACAGCAGAGCUUCACCAAUCCCCACGUCCAAGCAGCGCUGGUCUUCAGGCAGGUUAUAUACCUAUCCCAGUGAUCCAUGAAGGUGGAGGUGGUACAACACAAAUACAGCCUCAGUUAAAUCCAUCUGUCUACUCUCAGCGUGAGCCUUUCCCAGAGCACCAGCAGCCUUUUCAUCGGAUUCCGACAGAAGAAUGGCCUAGGUACUCUGCACCAGUGCAUCAUCCAAGGGAAAGGGACUCACCAAUCAUCUUUCCCCCGCAUCGCGAUGCUGCUUCUAUUCAUCUCCCUCCUCAUAUAAGAAGCCAGUCACCUAUAAUUGCACAGGUGCUUGGAGAAAGACCUCAGUCUCAUCAGCAUAUAAUAACAAGAGAGCCAAUCCAGAAGAUGGAACAAGAACAACAGAAACCUGAGAACACACAGCUUCCCCAGCCGCUGCCAAUGGAACCUGAGGUCCAAAAGCCCCAGCCUCCACCUCAAUCACCUCAACCAGUCCAACAACCUCAGCUGUUUCAGCAGAUGCCACCCCAGACAUCUCCACAGCCUCAGCAGCCUGAACAGCUGGCACAGCAGCAGCAUCAUCAGCAGCAGCUGCUGCAGCAGCAGCAGCAACAACAACAAGAGCAGCAGUUUCCACAACCCCAAAAACCAGAGCUACAACGACAACACACAGCAGAUAUCACAAUUCAAAUACCUCCAAAAUCAGAAGCCCAAUAUGCCACAGCUGUUUCUCCAGAGGUUGCACCGCCUAAUGUAGAAGCUGAGCAGGCUGCUCAGUGUGCAAGUCACCCAGGUUUGAUUAAAGUAAAGAGUAUAGUUGACCGAGUCGCUAAACUGGAGCAGGAGGUGAAAUGUUUUGAUGGAAAGAAGAAUGAUAAGAAGUACUUGCUACUUGAAGAACUGCUGACCAAGGAGCUCUUAGCACUGGACUCAGUUGACCCAGAGGGUCGAGUAGAUGUAAGGCAAGCAAGGCGGGAUGGAGUUCGUUGGGUUCAAACCAUACUGGAAGACCUGGAGCAAGUACAGGAGCAGCCAGCCAAAGCUCCAUGUGACUCUGCGAUGCAGGUAGACAACCUGACACCAAAGGGAGAACCCGUAAUGAUCACCACGGAGAAUGUUGAGAUGGCAAAGGAGAUCUCAUAAUAACUUUAUACCUUACAAUGAAGAUGAGAGGAAGAUAGACUUCUGUAUAACUGAUGGUGAACAAGUGUGGACUGGCUUACUCUCCAUCUCCUCUAUCUGCAGCAUUUUAGAACAUGCAUGCAUAACAGUGUUGCCAUUUCCUGCCAUUCAGCACAGUAUUGAUGGUAGUUGAGUGCAAUUACAAUUUUAAGCCAUUGUUGUUGCCUUCUUUGUGGUGCCAGUGUUGUCUCAAAGAGACACUUGCCAUGAUCAGUACACUGACAUCACACCCAAGUUAGAUCAAAGUAUGAAUAAGUGGCCUUUAAGAAUUAAAGAACAUUUAAAGUAUAAAGUAUUUUCUUAAGAAAUGAUAGAAUAUGUGGUAACCACUUAGUACAGGAGUGAAAACACUUCGAAGCAUAACUCAACUUAAACACUGCUUCAUCCAAGAACACAGUAAACCUUGGUUACAUGCUGUUUUCUGUGAGUUACUGAUUUUUGCCAUUUUUGCACUUUGCCAUCACUGAAAUUGCUAAAACUUCAGCAGCACUUCAGUUCAAUAUAUAAAUUACACAGGUUGCAAAUUGAUGUGUUUGUGUGUUUGUAUGUGCUUUAGUUUACUUGUAAUUCCAAAAUGUUAUAUCAAUAUUUAUAUAUCAUUAUAUAGUAUUUUGGUAUAUUUACAAAUAUACAAUGACAAACAGUGGUGAGGUGGUGUGUCUUAUUUCAGGUGUGAGACAAUCAGCACGUUGUGCUUGUAAGGAAACACAGCUGAACACUGUCAGUUUGUCUAAGUAUUGUUUAAGUACCAAAGCCACAAUCUGUAAUAACAAGGCAUUAAGCCUGAAAAUACUGUCUGUGAUAACACAGAGGGAAAGAAUACUUAAGCAAUCCAUCAUUUAUACUUCAAUUAAACUAAAUCUAUUUCCAAUUAUAUGAAUAUUUGUGUAGAGGUUUGUCAUUAAAAAGAGACACUUUCACUACAAAACACAACAUUACAAAUUAUGGAUUGUGGCUUAGAGUUUAUCCUUUAAUGCCUUGCAGGCUGUUGUGUUGUUAAAAAUCAAUCUUGUUGGUAUGAUUGAUAAUAAUUGAUAAUAAAAAUGUAUUUGACAUGGA